AUGACCAAGAAACAGGGAACCACUGAGAAAGAGCUUGUUGUGCUCAAGUGGUUAAAGGAACGGUAUUCGGAAUACAAGUCCUCGCUACUGCUAUUUUUUGGUGAAGAAGGCGUUGAAUCUACGGCCUUAACUUUGUGCAUGAGGUUGUUGAAGACGGAGGGCGAGCAUCUUCGCAAUGGCCAGGACCACAGUUUCCCUGCUGCAUUUCUUACAGAAAUUGUACAAGCUCUGCUGAAGCCUGAGGUUGAUGGAUCUGUUCGAAAAGAAUUCGGCGACAAAUACGUUGAGGAGUAUGAUGAUAUUCGAUUCUACACAUUCCAAGCCAUAAAGGAAAUCGUAAGAAAUGAUCAAGACUCUUCAGACAAGAGCAUUUUCAAUCAUGCAGUGGAGAUCCUCACGUCAAUCGAAUCUGUUCCGGACUCAAAAGAAGAACUCGAGGAUUUCUAUAUACCGGCUCCGAAAAAAGCGAAACAUGACCUUUACUCAUUAACACAGCACAAGAACCGCGCACAAGAGGCUUGGUUAGCGUUGAUGAGCAUGGAGUUAGACAAGGAGCAGAGGAAAUCGAUUCUAGGCCACAUGACUACUUUGAUCGCUCCAUGGUUCACAAAACCCGAGCUUCUGAUGGAUUUCUUGACCGAUUCUUAUAACGCCGGUGGAUCGACUUCGCUACUGGCUCUAUCCGGAGUUUUCUACUUAAUCCAAGAGAGAAACCUGGAUUACCCUUCCUUUUAUCGAAAGCUAUACUCAUUACUGGAUGCUGGGAUUCUGCACUCAAAGCAUCGUUCGAGGUUCUUUCGUCUGCUGGAUACUUUCUUAGCAUCCACUCAUUUACCAGCGGUUCUCGUUGCCAGCUUUAUCAAAAGACUCGCGAGACUCGCACUCAAUGCAUCGCCGUCAGGCAUUGCACCUGUCGUCCCGUGGAUUUACAACCUUCUGAAGAGGCAUCCUACGUGUACCUUCAUGAUCCACCGAGUGACAAGAGAUGCCGAGGCCAAAAAGAUUCUCGAGGAUCAAGGGCUGUCUGACCCAUUCCUCAUGGACGAGGAGGAUCCAAUGGAGACUCACGCCAUUGAAAGCAGUCUAUGGGAGAUAGUCAUGUUGCAAGAUCAUGUCCAUCCGAACCUUGCGACGCUGGCGAAGAUAAUCUCGGAGCAGUUUACGAAGCAUGCGUACAAUUUGGAAGAUUUCCUCGAUCACUCGUAUUCCAGCUUAUUAGAAGCGGAACUUCGGAAGGAAGUCAAGAAAGUACCUGCUAUUGAGUUCGAGAUACCCAAGAAGAUUUUCACGAAGCAUGAUGCAGAAUCAGGGGGCGAGGAUAGUUUAUUGGUGAAGCUCGUGGACUUCAAGUAG